ACUUCCGCGUCUCUUAAAGGGGCCGCGACGCGGAGCGGCCGUUUGAUUUUUCGGAGCGGUGUUGGGGGGUGGGGGGGGAUUUUUGGGGGUUCAUUCGGGGGCGUUUUGGGAUUUUUAAAGCGGAGAUGGCGGGGGGGGACCCGAAUGUGUUCCUGUACGUCCCCAACGUCAUCGGGUACGCCCGGGUGGCGCUGUCCGCCGUGUCGGUGGUGCUGAUGCCGCACUCCCCCCUCCCCGCCGCUCUCUGCUACGCCCUCAGCGCCGCCCUGGACGCCGUGGAUGGAUUGGCCGCACGGUGGCUCAAUCAAGGCUCUCGGCUGGGCGCCAUGCUGGACAUGCUGACGGACCGCUGCUCCCUGCUUUGCCUGCAGCUCAACCUGGCCCUGCUGUAUCCCAGCGCCGCCCCCCUCCUGCAGCUCAGCGUCUGCCUCGACAUCGCCAGCCAUUGGCUGCACAUGCACACGUGGGCGGGGCUUAGCCAAUGGGGGGGCGGGGUGAACGGAGGGGGCGGGGCUCGGAGGAAUUGGGGCCAGCCAUUGGCUGCGCUGCCACAGGAGGGUGGGGUGUGGGGAGGGGGCGGGGUUGGAGGACUUGGGGCCAGCCAUUGGCUGCGCAUGCACACGUGGGCGGGGCUUAGCUAAAGGGGGGGCGGGGUG